CUUUAAAUUACAGAGAACCCCUAGCCGACAAGAAUCAGAAAAAAAACGCAAAACCCGGUUCAAAAAGAAUCCCAAAAAAAACAGUCCCAUGAGUCAAUCAGAUUACUCAUACAGUUCGCUACCAAAAGAGAUAUCUCUGAAAAUUGCAUCUUCCCUCGAGGCACCGGCUCUCUCUUCAUUGGCUUGUUGUUCUCGGGAUUGGCAAGAAAUAUGCGUGUCGGACUGUUUAUGGAAGUCGCUUCUUAAAGAAAGAUGGCCUCUUUUAUGCGGAGCUGAUAAAGACCCUAACUUCAAGGACUGGCGAGGAUUUUAUGUAAAGCAGCACGAAGAGCAGAAGCGUCAAGCCGAAUCCGUCAUUAAUUUGGUGGAACAACGCUCACGAUUCGGUUUCACUCAAUGCUGUAGACUAUCUGCAUGCGAUCAGUUGCCUGGAAAGGAUGCAGCUCGGUUUCAGAGAUGUUCAAAUGCUGCUGUUGAAACCAAAGCUGAAUGUUCUGCUUAACUUGAUCGGACUACAUUACUGCCUUAACAACCUUCAAGUGCCGGCUUUUCAUAUCACGGAAGCACUUUGGAGUGGUAAGAUAGCUGAUCGACAAGUUUGCGUAAAGUGGCGAUCGACUGACAACUUCCGUACCCGAGGUGGAGAUCAAUCCCGUUGUGUCUAUCUCAAAGAUCUUGUGAAGGGAGAAGAUGAUGGCGAAGUGCUGACGGUACUUGAACGAGGACCUACUUAUGAACUUUCACGAGUUCAGGUAUCUGACCCUUUUAGUGGUUCCGGUGAUGAACACGAACUCAUAACGAUAAUAUAGUUUUGAUCUUCCAAAUUAGCACGUAAGUAAUUUAGAGAAGUUGACUCUUCUUCUCUAAAAAUGGAAUGUCAACACAAUUGUUAAUUUCUCUCAUGUCUGAAUUUUUAUGUAACAAUGAUUUAGAGUUUUUUUUUUUUUUUUGUGUACAACUUUUGAACUAUAUAAGUGGCAAGUGUUUUUGUGAUGGCUUA